CAACUUACCAAGUACCAACUUAUCAAAACUCAAAUCAUUUUUUUUCAAUCUCACCAUAUAAAUAAACCCAACUCUUCCCCCAUAUAAAUUUUUUGGACGGGCAUUAGAGUCAAAAAGUGCAGAUGACCUAAAAAACAGACCAAAAUUAGUCAAGAACCCUUCACCAAAUUGUCCUCGAAAGAAAGAUUUUUUAUUUUAUUUUUUCUACAAAUACACUUAUUAUUGAACAAAAAUCAUGGUACAAGACAAAGAGACCCAAAACUUGCUGCCUCGAAGAAGUAAUAUGGAGCCUCCAAAAUCCUUCGAGGUUGAGAAUGUUGAUCUCGAUCAAGAUUAUUUGUCACAAAAUGCGAAGAAAAGUGAUUUUUGGAAAAAUAAUGUUGAUAAAACAUGGGAAGAAUGUAAGAAACUGUGGGAGAUUGCUGCCCCUGCUGUUCUUACAAUUGUCGCGCAAUUUUCGAUUGGAUUUGUGACAAUUGCGUUUGUGGGGCAUCUUGGGGAGGUUGAACUUGCUGCUGUUUCGGUUGUACAGAACGUGCUCGAGGGCUUUGUGUACGGCAUAAUGCUAGGAAUGGGAAGUGCCCUCGAAACACUAGCCGGUCAAGCUGUCGGCUCCGGUCAACUCAACAUGCUCGGAAUCUACAUGCAAAGAUCGUGCAUUGUUACGCUAACCACAGCCUUAUUCUUAACACCUCUCUACAUUUUCACAACACCAAUACUAAACAUCCUCAGACAGGACAAGAAAAUCUCGAAUCUUGCCGGAAAAUACGCGCUUUGGGUCACCCCUCAGUUAUUCGCAUACUCGUUAAAUUUUCCGGUGCAAAAAUUUCUUCAAGCCCAGAGCAAGAUUUGGGUGAUGACGAUAAUUUCAGUGCUCGUUUUAGGAUUUCACGUGCUUUUGAACUGGGUUUUAGUCGUGAGGCUUGAUAAGGGCCUGUUUGGGGCUGCGCUAGCCGAGAAUUUGUCUUGGUGGCUCGUGGUUUUGGCUCAAAUCGUUUAUGUGGUCGGUGGUUUUUUCCCUGAGUCGUGGACCGGUUUUUCUUUAUCGGCUUUUAGGUCACUUUUCGGCUUUGUGAAGUUGUCUCUUGCAUCGGCUAUCAUGUUAUGCUUGGAGUUAUGGUAUUACACUGUGGUGAUCCUUAUGGUUGGGUGGCUAAAGAACCCAGAAAUUGCAGUUGAUGCUAUAUCCAUUUGCAUGAACCUGGAACUUUGGACUUUGAUGAUUACCUUGGGUUUCAAUGCUGCAAUCAGUGUUCGUGUUUCGAACGAACUUGGCGCCAAUUGUCCUAAGGCAGCAAAAUUCUCUAUAGUUAUAGCUGUGGCUACAUCAACAAUUUUUGGCAUUGUAUUCACAAUUGCAAUUAUUGCAACUAAGGACUAUUUUCCCUUACUAUUUUCUGAUAAAAAACAAGUCAUAAAGGAGACCUCCAAAUUGGGCUAUUUUUUGGCUGCAACUAUUUUCCUCAACAGCAUUCAGCCAGUUUUACAUGGUGUAGCAGUUGGGGCAGGCUGGCAAGUAUCGGUUGCGCUAAUUAACAUAGGCUGUUACUACGUAUUUGGGCUUCCAUUUGGGGCUUUGUUGGGCUAUAAACUUGGGCUUGGCGUGAAAGGAAUAUGGUUGGGCAUGUUGGCAGGCUGUUUUCUCCAAACAGUAGUAUUGAUUUUCUACGUGCUUCGAGCUAAUUGGACCAAAGAGGCUUUACGGGCAGAAGAAAGGGUGAAAUCCUAUUCAAAUGUGCCUUUGCCACAAAAUGAGAGCUCUGAGAAUGGAUCAUCACAAACAAUUAGGGGAAUUUCAUAAGUUGUAAAAAGGAUAAAUUAAGCAAUUUCUUUAUUUAAAAAAAAAAAAGGAAAAAAAAUGAAUGAUAUUGAAGUUUGCGUCCAUAUUAGAGUUGUUGUACAAAAUGAGUCAUUCGUGAAUCAAGCGAGCUGAGCUCAAGAUUGUUUUGUUAAAGAGUUGAGCUCGACUUUUAAUAAAUAUUUUUAUCUAUAGUUUUAUAGGUUGAUUCGUUAAAGCUUG